AUGAGCUUGCCUGAGAAAAAUCAAGACUACACAAAAGAAAUCGCCGACGAACACAUCGAGGCCAUCAAUUCUGAUCCUCAAGAACUCGUCUAUGAUCCGGAGGCCAGAAAAGAUCGUUCCAAGACCAGAACUACCUCUGAUAUCAUCACCAUCGUUGCUUCUGGGUUUGCUUUGAUCAGUGAUGGUUACCAGAACAAUGUAAUGUCCAUGUUGAACAAAGUCUAUGCUGUCCAAUACCCACAUUACUACAAAUCUGACGUCUCUACUAGAGUCUCCAACGCUUCGCUUGUUGGUACUAUUUUGGGGCAAGUUGGUAUGGGGUUCUGCUGUGAUUACAUGGGAAGAAAAUGGGCUAUUGUCACCGCUACCUUGUUGCUUGUUAUUGGUACUAUUCUUUGUGCUGCCUCCCAUGGUGUCACUGUUGAAGGUAUGUUUUGGAUGUUGACAGUGUUCCGUGGUAUGACUGGGUUAGGGAUCGGUUCUGAAUAUUCUGCUUCCACCGUCAGUGCCAAUGAAGCCGCCAAUGAAUCGGUCAAGCGUCGUGGUGGUGUGUUGGUCUUAGUGACAAACUUGCCAUUGUCUCUUGGAGGUCCUUUUGCCCUUAUCAUCUUUUUAAUUGUCUAUUCUAUUUGUGGUUCCCAACACUUGGAUGCUUUAUGGAGAACUCUUUUUGCCAUUGGUGCCUUCUGGCCAUUAUCAGUGUUCUAUUUCCGUUAUAAGAUGGCCACUUCUACCCUUUACAAGAAAAAUGCCAUCAAGAAAAGAGUCCCAUACUGGUUGGUGAUCAAAUAUUGUUGGAAACGUUUGCUCGGGGUUUGCCUUUGUUGGUUCCUUUAUGAUUUCGUCACUUUCCCAAAUGGUAUCUUCUCUGGUAGUAUUAUUUCCUCCGUCCUCAAAGAUAGUAAAGAUUUGAAGAAAAUUGCGGAAUGGAACCUUCUUCUUGGGAUCAUUGCCAUUCCUGGGGUCAUUGUCGGGGCUUACUUGAUCGACGUUAUCGGUCGUAAAUACACCCUUAUGCUUGGAUUCAUGGGAUACCUUAUCUUUGGUCUUAUCAUCGGAUGUGCUUAUGAAAAAAUCUCCAAAAUUGUGCCAUUGUUCAUUGUGUUUUACGGGUUGAUGAACUCACUUUCCAAUAUGGGUCCUGGGGAUAACUUGGGUGUUGUGGCAUCGGAAUCCUUUCCUACUGCGGUCCGUGGUACUUGUUACGGUUUUGCUGCUGCCAUUGGUAAAGUUGGUGCGGUUGUUGGCACCCAAACUUUCCAGCCAAUUCGUGACAAAUUGGGGGCCAGAUGGACUUUUAUCAUUGCCGCAUUGUGUGGUGUCAGUGGUGUCAUUGUUGCUGCUCUUUUUGUUCCACAUUUGAAGGAAGAUGAUUUGUUGGAAAAUGAUAUCAAGUUCAACAAUUAUUUGAUAGAACAAGGAUGGCACGGUCAUUUGGGUUCUGAUGAAUCUGAAAGCACAGUGAAUGAAGAUGAAUUAUCAAAAUGA